GGCGGCGCACUUUUUUUUCUUCGGGUCAGGGAUGCUCCGUACAGACAAAAGAAGGAGGUUUCCGUCCUGUGGGUGGUAAUUAUCAUCCAGCCUGGAGAGCAGAAAAGUUGCAGCUUCAAACACGCGCACGCACUCACUCUGCCACAUCACAACACCGCCGUUACUGCACUUCAACAUGCGUUUAGGACUUUUGCUGCUGUUUCUUUCCUUGACGAAAAGUUGUUGGUGCGCCCCGCAGCAGAACUGUCAGCCAGGAGACGAAAUUUUGGGAAGAUGCAGCAGCAGCAAUGCUUUUGAAGAAAAACCUACUUGCACAGAGCUGAACCUGGGCUACUGUAAUGAUAUGGAAUAUUCUAGAACCAUAUUCCCCAACAUCCUUGGCCACCGGAGUCGCGUGGAGGCCGAGUCGGGGGCAGAGUACCUCCUCCUCAGCGUCAUCCAUGGCCUGCUUAACGGGGAGUGCUCCCCUGAGAUGCGUCUCCUCGGCUGCUCUGUGCUCGCCUCGCCCUGCCAGAACGACAAGAUGAUCAAACCGUGCCGCAGCACAUGUGAUGCAAUAAGGAGGGACUGUGCCCACGCCUUUGAAGCCAUAGAAAUGGCCUGGCCCUACUUCCUGGAUUGUGACCGCUUCUUUGCCAGCGACCAGGAGGGCUGCUUUGAUCCACUGGCGGGGCUGAAAGCCAGACAGGAGCUAGCAAUGUCCAACCUCUCUCCUGAAGAACCCAGCACCAUCAUCCAGUUCACCUACACCUCCAACGCCCAAAUGUACAACUUACUAAAGAGGACAGCAGCCAAGUGCUCCCACAUCUCUCACGUCUACAGCAUCGGACGCAGCACAGAGGGCCGGGAUCUGCUGGUUAUUGAGUUCACCGACAAUCCAGGACAGCACGAGCUCUUGGAGCCAGAGAUCAAGAUGGUGGCAAACAUGCACGGCAACGAGGUGCUGGGCCGCCAGCUGCUCAUCUACCUGACCCAGUACCUGUGUUCAGAGUACAGUCUGGGGAACCAGCGAAUUCAAACCAUCAUCAACACCACCCGCAUCCAUCUUCUGGCCUCCAUGAAUCCCGACGGCUAUGAGUUGGCUGCCUCAGAGGUAGAGGAUAACAAUGACCCGGAGCUCAGCAACCAGGAAGGUCACAUGUUGAAUGGUUGGACCAGUGGACGGGCCAACGCCCAGAAUAUUGACCUCAACCGCAACUUUCCAGACCUCACCUCAAUUUUCUACCGGAACCGCCGCAGCAGGCACUACCGCACUGACCACAUCCCAAUCCCUGAUGCCUACUGGUUUGGCAAGGUGGCGCCAGAGACUUAUGCAGUGAUGAAGUGGAUCAGGUCUCUGCCCUUUGUUCAGUCUGCCAGCCUCCAUGGAGGUGAUCUGGUGGUCUCCUAUCCCUUCGACUUCUCGAGACACCCCCAUGAGGAGAGGAUGUUCUCACCCACUCAAGAUGAACAGGCUUUCAAGCAGAUGGCUCGUACCUACGCAGACGCCCACGAAACCAUGUCAAACAACGACACAGACAGGUGUGGGGCCAACUUUUACCGCACAAGGGGCAUCAUCAAUGGCGCAUUGUGGUACAGUUUUGCUGGUGGUAUGUCCGACUUCAACUACUUGCACACUAAUUGCCUGGAAAUCACUGUAGAGCUCGGCUGUGACAAAUUCCCCUCUGAGGCCGAGCUUUACCCAGAGUGGAAGAGGAAUAAGGAAGCUCUGCUCAGUUUUAUGGAGUCUGUCCACCGCGGGAUAAAGGGAAUAGUCAAGGAUGCUGAUGGAAAUGGAAUAAAAGGUGCAACCAUCUCUGUCAGGGGGAUUAGGAAAGAUGUCACCACAGCUGAAGAUGGAGACUACUGGCGGCUGCUGAACCCUGGUACUCACAUCCUGACAGCCACAGCUAAGGGUUACUCUAAGGUCAGCAAGAGGGUUUAUCUGCCUCACAGCAUGAACAGGGCUGGACGUGUCGACUUUGUCUUGGCAAAGGUUCCCAUAGAACCCGAUAUCGACGACCACCUCUUCCCCACAGUGGACUCAUGGGAUCGAUUUGACCCCUACAACCAGUUUGAGCGCUACAGUGAGCCAGACGUAGGUGAGGGAGGGAUAGAGCGCCAGGAGAAACCGUGGUGGUGGAACUACUUCUCCCAGUCUGGCAUCUCACCUCCAAACUGGCUGCUGCGAAGUGUCUAGAUGCAUUACAGGACAAUGAAGAUCCGAAAUACCACUGUGAGAGUGACAAUGGACGGUCCCACAUCCAGUCGCUCUCAGGGGAGUGUAUGUAACCGGAGCUGUGACACUAAAAUCAGCAGUACUUAGAGUUUUGGUGCUUCCUGGAAGGAUGUGAAUGUUUUUUUUUCCCACCAGGCAACAAUUAGUUCUGGCCUGUAAGCGGAGUUAUGACCAAUAUUGCUUUGCAGCUGCAUUUAACUUGUUUUAAGUAAAAAUUGAACCACUGGGAAAUAAAGGAUCUAUUGAUGCCUUAAUUGUCUAACUUUUAAAGAGAUUCACAAUCAUAAAUACUUGUAUGCACUUGUUUGAAUAUUGUGAUUGUACAUUACAAUUUUACAUGUGACGGCAGCUGCAUAAAUGUACAUUUUUUAAAAACUGAAGUGGGUAAAAUUUCAUACAGAUUUGACUUUUCUUUAUUAUUGCAUUCCACAGGUGAAUUACUUGUGCUACAGCCACAUUUUAUACAUUACACAAGCACAGGAGCUACAGUAAAAUAUUUCUGGACCUGUAACAGCACUUCAUAAAAUAUCACCAAAUUUAAGCUUGAAGUAGCAGCAAUACUGUGCCUACUGUGAACAGCUUUGCUUGCUUUUUUUGUUAUUCACAAGCAUCUUUCCCUCAAGCAAUUUCUAUAAAUAUUAAAUAUUUGUGGCAUA